GUAUUUCCGGUUUAAAUUUGAUUUUUCGAGGAGCGCCUGAAUUCUCAAGUUGUUGAAUUGAUUCGUAUUGUUUGUUUUAAUUAAAUUCCACCCUCACCGCACUGCUGUUGACGCUUUACAUUUCAAAGAAAACUUUCCCUGUACAGUACCUGAGGACAGCCUCGAUGGAAACGAUGGAAGAGUUUGACCGAGAGUGCCCCAUGAUCAAGACGUUUUGCCAGCUGCUUUCGCAGGACGAGUUUGAGGAGCAAGCCCUGUCCUACACCGAGCGGGCCCUGCUGGACCUGUUUCGCACCAUGGACCAGAACCCCGAGCUGUACGAGCGGGUGAUCCGGAAGAGGAAACAGGGCGAGCUCGAGAAGGCCAGCGUCGGCUCGUGUUUAAAGGCAAAGUUCUUCACCGCAGUGGAGGGCCAGAUGAACCGCUGCAACGCUGUGGGGGCUGCUGAGCUGAGACAAAGGGUGGGGCAUCUCAAGGAGGAGAUGAAGAAGGUGCAGGCCUACGCUCAAGAAGCGAAAUGUGCAGCGAAGAGAACCUCAAAGCGUUUGGCUGAAAGGAGACAGAAAACCCCAGAUGAAUGUGAUGGAGACGAGCAAGCCCCGCCCCUCUGCGUGGGGCCUCCCCCCUCAGCCCCGCCCCCUCCUCCACCUCUACCCCCCAGCACUGCGCUGCCCGAAGCACAGACUCCGCUGAGGGACAGGACCAAUCACAGGAAGAGCCAGUUUCAGAUGGUGGCAACCCCUGAUCUGUUGAACAGUUAUGGACUCUCGAGACUGAACCGACGUUGCAGGAGCUCAGUGGACCUGACGGCUCUCUCAGAAUCUGAACCCGAGAGUUCUUCCAAUCCGCACCACAACAUCCAGUACGAGCUGCUGGCCAGCAUCCCCCUGAAGAGACUCCGUGCCACCGGGAUUGUGAGAUCCCCAGGAGGCACUCCAUUGAAUACCCCCAGAAAGAGCCAGCCAAAGAGCGGAGAGGAGAGUUCCCCAGCCUCCGUGUUCAACACCGCGCUGAUCACCAAGUUCCGCAACGCUCUGAGUCCGCCGGGAACGUCUUCACUCGACUCUCCGGAGCGCAGCGACAGCGACGCAGACAGCUCGGGGUUCGCCACGCCCCACGGGACUCCGUGACGAGCCCCCGGGGAGUUUCUGUCUGCAUCUUAAACCUUGUUUUAACAGAUGCUUUAUUACUUCAGUCAAUCCAUAUUCUUUCUGAUCCUGUGCUAAAGUCCAGCAGGCAGACGUUUUGCCUGUUAAACUUCGCACUAUUACUCAGUGCACUGUUGUCUUUUUCACUAUUCUUUAAAGAGUUUGAUCACAACUCUCUUGUAACUUUUUACAGUUCCCAAAAGAUUUUGGAGUGUUUUAUGCAAUGAUGAAUGAAUUUUUACCAAAGCACCUGUUUUAUCACCAGAUACUGUACCAAAAAGCAUGCUUUUUAAACCAAGUAUUCUAAGGGAGUUGUUUGAAAGGUGUGACUGUAUAUCAUUAAGCAUGUGUGAAGAAUCUGCUGCUGUGCCAUUGAUGUGUCCUUUAUGAUUGUGUGCUUUCAGCUGUUAACCGAAGGCUCAGAAUCUAGAGCCAGGCUGCCUCAUUUCACAGUAGACUGAGCCGCAGGAGAGAUGAUUAAAAUGAAGAUCUGAUCAAUAAACACAAGCGGUUCAACACUGUGUAAUGAUACAGAAAGACAAUCAUUCAACAUUAGGUAAAUGAAAUCGUCUCAGUACCUUGCACAAUGCUCAGCAUUUCAAUCAUUCAACUUAUUCAGCCAUGUUGACAGUAAAUUGUAAAAGUCCUACAUUCUCCUGUCUGAGGGAUCUUCACAAAUGCAUGUUUUCAAUAUUUCACUAAAGUGAGAAAGUGAAAUAACGAGGAAGCACUGAACUGAAUCUAAAAUCAUAACAAUAUUACAGUUCCCAAGAAUGCGGAGUGGAGUUCUGUUUCCUCACAGCCUUCAGUGCAGACAGUCGAGAUCUGAGCCUGCAGGCUUCUCUGCAGCUACAGUACGAUACAUAUCGUACAAUACUGUAUGCAUUACAAUUCAAUUCACUAUGACUAUAUAUUCUCAUUCUUUGUCUAUACCAAAUGUAUUAAUGAAAAGUUUCUUUGUAUUAAAAUGCAACUUGUUUUUACAA